UGAGCAAAACAUCAAUUAUUACCUGUUAAAAAACAGAAAAAGCUGCAGUGACGGUCAAAACUUGGGCAGUGAUGACAUUUCCAUGAACUGUUUUGUGUGUUUUGUUGUGUUUGCCACAGAGAGUUUGUGACACGCAGCACUGAGAGACACACGCAACAAACCCACCGGCCUGUGUGAACACCAGAGGAACCAAAACAGGGUCUGCCUCUGUGGCCACGUAACUUCCUCUCAGCUUCUGCACUUCUCUGCAACAGUUUUUUUCUUCUUUUUUUUCAUCAGACGGCUUUGGCAGCGACAGCACAGUGACACAAAACCCUCACUGAUUUGAGACCGGUGUGUCGCUCUCACGGCUUCUUUUCUUUGUCGUUUUUACCCCAAAGAGAUUUCUGAAGGACCGCCGAGGAAGAAGAUGUUGAGGCGAAGGCCCUCCAACGCCUCGGAGAAGGAGCAAGGGCCCAAGAAGAAGCUCACUCUGCAGAGAUCCAGCAGCUUCAAAGAUUUCAUGAAGCACAAACCUACUUCUCCUGUGGCCUCCGAGAAGGAGUUUAACGUGGAGGACAAUUUGACGGAGGGUGUAGCGGCAGAGGAAGCCGUAAAAAGUGGCAUCAAACUUGGGAAAAAAUGGCGCAACGUCAUCUCGCGUACCAUGACCCGAAAAACAUCCAAGAUGGUGCAGAAGGCCCUGGCUGAAGAGGGGACUGAGAGCGGGGAGGAGCUGUCCCCGGUCUCUUCUGACUGGCUUCCAGAUCUGAGUGCAGGACAGAGGACGUCCGUGUGCUCCUCAGGGUCAGAGGACACAGCGCCCAGCCUCUUCACCCGCCAGCCCUCAGGCAGCAGCGACAGACAGAGCCUGGACAGCGGAUACUGCCAGAGGGACAGCAUGAGGCUGGAGGAGAACGGCGCCUCUUACAACGGGCCUUUCUGCGGCCGCGCACUGGUCCACACCGACUUCACGCCCAGCCCUUACGACGUGGAGUCGCUCAAGCUCAAUAAAGGAGACAUCAUCCACAUCAUCGAGAAGCCUCCCGUCGGGACCUGGACGGGGAAGCUCAACAACAAAAUGGGCUCCUUCAAGUUCAUCUACGUCAACCUGCUGCCCGACGAGAGCCCGCCGGCCAGGAGGAGACGCUGCAACAGCAAGAACCGCCGGUCCAACUGCAAGCCCAAAACCCUGGAGGAGGUCCUGGACGGCAUGGGCCUCACUGAGCUGAGCUCUUUGCUGUCCAUGCACGGUUUCCGGACCUUGGAGGACUUUGCGGGACUGCAGGAGUCUCACCUCAACGAGCUGAACAUCACGGACCCGGACAAGCGCGCCAAGAUCCUGGGGGCCACUGAACUGCUGAGAGAAUCUGAGGACGAGUCGGAGCCAGACGACGAGGACACGUCCGCGGUGGACGACAAGGAGCCGAGGGACUCGGGCUGUUUCGAGAGCUCCGAGUGCCUGGAGGGCCGACGCGAGGAGCCCAAGAAGGAGCCGGGAGUCCGAGGCGAAGCCUCGGAGGAGCAGACCCAGCGGGAGGAGGCGGGGACGGAGACAGGAGGAGAGAAGCAAACUGAGCAGCUGGACGCUCUGCAGGAACAGCUGCAGGAGCUGAAGGUGGACGAAGGAUCUUGAGAAGUGAUGGAAAAAUACUUUUCUUUUCUUGAAUUCCCGGGUUCUCAGGGACUCCAUUAAAAUGCCUCUUCGUUGUAAAAGGGCCGGACUGGUGAUUGGAGCACAAAGUCAGGUUCUCAUACUGUAUGUAGAUGAUGGUUUGUGGUGCUGAGCGAGCAGCACAUGCUGUUGUCUCAUCCUGAGGAUUUCACGUUGUUCAUGGUGAGACCAGCGUAUGAACCGGUCGUAAAGGUUUUCCUGUUGUUCGCUCUUACGAAUGUAAAAUAUGUUUCCAUGUCACUUGGAGUGGAUUGUAACUUGAAGUAGUUUGCUUUUCACUGAUUUAUGCAUUUAUUCAUUGUGAGGAAAUACUGUUGUGAAUAGAGUUGAAAUAAAACAAGAUUCCCUGA